AUGCUCGAAACUGCCCAGGCUCCCUUGGAUAACAAGUGCACCCCACUCAAUGUCCCCGGGUUUCAUGAACUUCCUGUCAAUGUGUUACUCGCUCACGAUGUAUUUGCCAGAGAAGUAGAUGCGUGGAGGGCUAGCGUCUUAACUGCGAAGGAACUGGCCAUGCUAAGGUUAAUCAACGCCAUCACUGAUCGGCCAGAUUGGCACCGCCGUAUCUUUGACCAGCGUGCUGUCACUCAAUGGCGAGAGGAAGCUGCUGCAUCCUCGUCGCUGAUCAAUGACAAAACGUGGGACUGGUGCUUGAAAGAACUGCAGGACAAGGCUCGGGACUUUGAUCGUGACGGUUACACCACCGUCUUCAACACGUUCAGUGGUGUCUGCAAGUCCGACACUGGAAUUUCGUCCGAUCUGAAAUCACAACUCGAGAGUUCUGCCGUCCUGCUUUCUCCGCAAGCUGCGCGAGGGAAGUCGCAUCCAGCUGUGGUCAACAUCGUCGACCCUUCUCUCUUUCCUCUCGUCUAUGGAAGAACAAAAGUCAUACUUAGUGGGCAAUCGUGCGGAAUGGAUGAAAAGUCCUGGCUGUCACGCAUUGAGGAGGGCCCAGUGGUUUCGCAAAUUCCGCAGCUUAAUAUAGCUGCCCUGAGAUUUCCAAGAAACCAAUCCGGAGACAUGUGGUCCGUGAAGUUUCAGUGGCUGCCAUGCGAAGUUGAAUUCACUGGUCCGUCCGGUUCCACUGAUGUUCACAUUUCCUCUUACAUCAACAAUGUUCAUCCGAAAAACAAGGAGAUAUACUCCGCAGUCGAGGCCAUGAUAUCCGUCAGCAUCAAACAGUGGAAUCAGGUGCUGGUUCGUAGCCGAAUAAAAAGGGAGGGCAGUACCAACCACUCACCCUACCCGCGAGAACCUGUACGGCUACGCACCUACGGAGUCGAGUGGAAAGACAAUUUUCCUGAUUGGGCGAAGAAGCUACCCAAAAAGGAAGAUGAGAGCAAACUCUCCGUGGAAGAAUACGAAUCUAUGUGUGCCCAGGUGGAAGCCUACCUUCAGGAGCCUGAUUCGGAGGAUGAAGUAGGCUGGCCUUGGAUGAACACCAAACCCAUUGCGGAUGAUUGGAAAUCCCACUGGGGUCUCCUUCAAACAGCUCUGUAUAAAUAUGCCCGUACUUUUGUUUUUGAGCACUCUGACCCCGGAACGGCAUACUCCUAUGCGGACUGGAAAGCUGGCAGGACCCAAGAAGCGAUCGUUGGCCCGCCGCACAGCGACGCUAUUUGCGCCCCCGAACCCGAACGGUGGAAUUUUAUCGCAGCAAACCCUUGGCUGAUCCACCUUGACUGGAUGUAUAUGCCAAAGGAAGAGGGAGACACUGAUCAUGACUUCUACGAAGUUGCAUUGGAGCAUGAGUUUCGGCAACAGGGUCUCCAGGUAGUCGUCCGGAUUCAUGACAUUCAGCUUGACCCUGAGACUCCAUACUUCGCCGGCGAGGAGUGGCACAUUGAAGGAAAUGGAAACGAGCAUAUAGUCGCGAACUCUAUCUACGCGCUGGAUUCAGAAAAUAUAUCUGAGCCGCAGAUCAGCUUCCAGCAACGGGUCUGGCAAGGUGGUCCUUGGGUCUACGACCGAAUUGGCGCUUGGGAUACCGAGGACGAGGAGGAAGACGAUGGUAAUGGUGCGGCAAUGACUAAGCACUCUCACUGGGACAUCAAGUACAUUGGGAUGCUUCUUGGAUACGAAAACAUUCGGGACAGUAAACAACUGCAAGAGCUCGGGGAUGUGAAGAUGCCUUCGGGCCGCCUGAUCUCCUUCCCCAACGCUUUCCAGCACAGAAUGGGCCCGUUGCAGCUGGAGGACAAGACCAAGCCCGGCUACUGCCGCUUUCUCACUUUGUCUCUUGUUGACCCGAACUUCCGGAUUUGCUCGACCCGCAAUGUUCUGCCCCAGCAAGGGGGUUGGAUGAAAGAGGAUGACCCUAAUUCCGUUUCACAAAUGGAUACAGUUGAGGCCCUGGAGCUGAGAGAUGAGCUGGCCCGUGAACAUGCCAAAAAGGAUAAUGCUAUCCUUAAAUGGACUCGUGAAUUUACUUUUCCUGGAUUUGGGUGA